AUGUCUACUCACACUUACAAGAAGUUUGAGGAAGCAGACUCGGGCGUCCUGCCUGAUACAAUGACUAUUUACCAGGACUGCUUGAACGCCUUCAACGAAUCACCCGUGAACUCGAAGAGAUGCCGUUUGUUGAUAUCUAGACUUCUCCAAUUGCUUGCCCAGGGUCAAACUUUCCCCAAAACUGAGGCCACAGCGCUUUUUUUCGCGAUAUCUAAGCUGUUUCAACAUCCUAACGACUCCCUCAGACAAGCGGUAUACUUGGCAAUCAAAGAAUUGAGUUCAGUUUCGGAGGAUAUAUUGAUGGCCACUUCGUCUAUUAUGAAGGACGUACAGAAUGGUUCUGAUAUGAUCAAGCCCAAUGCCAUUCGUUCUUUGACCAGGGUCUUGGAUGAGUCCACUGCUUUCUCCGCCGAGCGUUUGUUCAAGUCUGCAGUUGUGAGCAAGCAUCCCUCCAUUUCGUCAGCUGCAUUGGUGAGCUCCUAUCAUCUUCUUCCUGUCGCAGAAAGCACGGUGAAACGUUAUUCGAACGAAACCUUGGAGGCCGUCGCAGAUCUCAAGACAUUUCCCUAUCACGAUGGGCUUUCCGAGCACUAUCCAAACUCCACAUAUAUCUCACAGUACCAUGCGUUGGGCCUCUUGUACAUGCUAAAGAACCACGAUAAGAUUGCCCUGAUGAAGUUGGUUCAACAAUUCUCCUCAGGAAAUACUCUAAAAAAUCAAUUGGCUCAGGUCCAGUUGGUAAAGCUUGUGGGAACUUUGUUGACAAAAGAUCCACAAAUGAUCUCGCAGCUUGGACCCCUACUGUUGGGCUGGUUAUCAAAUAAGUUUGAGGCCGUUCAGUUAGAAGAUGCAAAGCUAAUUACAUCCUUACCAGACAGAUUUGUUCCCCCUGAAAUGUUCGCCUCUGCCGUCCAAACCUUGCAAGGAUUUCUUGCUGUACCCCGUGUAACUACUAGAUUUGCUGCUGUCAGAGUUCUAAACAGAAUAUCCAUGGUCGCCCCUGACAAGAUUGUUGUAUGCAACCCAGAAUUGGAAUCUUUGAUCAACGAUAGUAAUAGAAACGUUUCCACCUACGCAAUUACGGCUCUGUUGAAGACUGGAACUUCCAACAACAUUGCGUCCCUAAUUAAGACUAUUACAAACUUUAUUCACGAGAUAUCAGACGACUUCAAGAUCAUCAUCAUCGAUGCGGUUAGAACCAUGGCUCUUAAGUUUCCCGAGGAGUGGAAAUCAAUUUUGAAUUUCCUUGUCAACGUUUUGAAACAAGGCGACGGCGGAUUCCCUUUUAAGAAUAGCAUCGUCGAAGCUUUAUUCGACCUCGUUCAAUUUGUUCCACAAUCUAAGGAAUUAGCUCUGGAAAAUCUGUGCGACUUCAUCGAAGACUGUGAGUACAAUGAAAUUUUGGUCAGAAUUUUGCACUUACUGGGUAAAGAAGGUCCAAGUAUGAAGACGCCAUCCUUGUACGUUAGACACAUCUACAACCGAGUUGUCUUAGAAAACUCGAUCGUAAGAUCUGCUGCUGUUGUUGCUCUCUCUAAGUUUGCUCUGGUGAAGAAUGACCCCACCCUUGUUGAGUCCAUAGAAAUACUUUUGAGAAGAAUUUCUAACGAUGCAGACGACGAAGUGAGGGAUAGAGCUACUAUUGCGCUUAAAUUUAUCGAGUCAAUCAAAACGGGAGAAAAUGCUGGCCCAUCAGCAGCAGAAAACUUGAUUCAAUCGAAGUAUACUUAUGACUUAGCAUCUCUAGAGUCUAAGCUCAGCCAAUACAUGGCUGCCAAAAAAGAUUCAUGCAAGACAGCAUUCGACACCUCCUCUAUCUCUCGCUAUUCAGAGGACGAGAGAAAAGCGAUCGAUUUGAAGAGAAAACAAGAACAAUUAUUUUCAUCACUUUCAUCUGGCAAAGGCAAGAGCAAGGGCAGUGCCUCUUCAGACUCUGAAAAGAGAAACAGCUCUUAUCCCGGUCCUGGCGCCUCGGAGUUGGAUCAUGACUUGAAAGCGACGAAGUAUGCACAAGAGUUGGGCUCCAUCGAACAGUUUAAAGAAUUUGGACCAAUUAUCAAUACUUCUAGAGACGUUCCAUUGACCGAGACUGAAGCGGAGUUUGUUGUGACUGGUGUGAAGCACCUGUUCAAAGAACACGUCGUAUUGCAAUUUCACAUAACCAACACUUUGACAGAUGUUGCUCUGGACAGUGUUUCAGUGGGAUGUGUGCCUGCCAAUUCUGAUGCGGAAAGUUUACUAAAUGAAGUCACAACCAUUUCGGCUGAAAGAAUUAAACCAUCGGAAACUUUUGCCACUUAUGUGGCCUUUGAGAAAUCUGCCGAAGUCAUAACUGAAGAGUUGUUGAACACUUUAUAUUUUACCACGAGAGAGCUUGAUCCCGCCACACAAGAGCCAUUCCCAGGAGAUGAGGGCUUCCAGGACGAAUACGAGAUAGACUCUCUACCGCUCACCGCUGGUGAUUAUAUCAAGGGCUCGUUCAUAGGGGACUUUUCGGCUUGCUACGACGAGUUGCCACACCACGAAGUUUCAGUGUACAACAUCCGUGAAAACAUAUCGCUUCAGGAGGUGGUUGACAAGAUUAUCCUUAACACAAGCUGCUUGACAUUAGACAACACGCAGUUCACCUCCCCAGACUCCAAUAAUCAUACUCUAAAGCUUUUUGGUAAAAGCGUGUUAAGCGGAGCUAGGGUAGCGCUAAUCGUGCGCAUGAUAAAAAGUUCGAAAGGUAUCGCUUUGAAGGCCGAAGGCAGAUCGGAUGAUGCUAAUUUGUGCAGUGAUAUUGUGAACGAGCUUAUUUAG